CUGUAGCGGCGGUUUCAGUGGAAAGUCCACAACGUAACACUUCUCAGGCGCAUGCGCACAGAGGUUAUCGAAAUAUGGCGGCUAGGUCUUGCUAAAAGUACUGAGAUCUGCUUGAAUUUCGACAAAUUCGCCCAGGUCCAGGACAUACACACAGUGUGUGUAUAUGUGUAUGUUUUGUGUAGCAGUGUUGUGGAGCUGCAGUAGCCAAUGAGCAGCAUGGGCAGGACAGCACUGAGAGACCAGAAGGAGAGUAAGAAGGAGAAGGCAGGCAGGAGUACUCCUGUCACCACAGGACCUGCACUGGUGAAAGCCCCAGAGUCAUUCUCAUGGGAAGAGUAUCUGAAGGAGACAUCGUCGUUACCAGCUCCUCCCAGCUGCUUCAAACAGUCACGCAUCUCUCCAUCAAACGACUUUAAGGCUGGGAUGAAGCUGGAAGCUCGCGACCCUCGUAACUCCACCUCCGUCUGCAUUGCCACAGUGAUGGGCAUAACGGGAAUCAGGCUCCGCCUUCGCCUGGACGGCAGCGACAACACCAAUGACUUCUGGAGGCUGGUCGACUCCUCGGAUAUUCAGCCCAUAGGGACGUGCGAGAAGAACGGAGACAUGCUGCAGCCCCCAUUGGGGUUCCGGAUGAACGCCUCGUCAUGGCCCAUGUUUUUACUGAGGACGCUGAAUGGGGCAGAAAUGGCGCCAGCGUCUGCGUUCAAAAAGGAACCUCUGAGGCCAUCUCAGAAUAGUUUCAAACCAGGCAUGAAGCUAGAAGCAGUGGACAAGAAGAACCCUUACCUCAUCUGCCCUGCCACCAUCGGUGAGGUCAGAGGUGAAGAGGUGUUUGUGAUGUUUGAUGGAUGGAGAGGCGCGUUCGAUUACUGGUGCCGUUACGACUCUAGAGACAUCUUUCCUGUGGGCUGGUGCGCAGUUACCAAACACAGCCUUCAGCCGCCUGGGAACAGCAUCACCCUGCCCAAGCCGCUGUCUGCACCUUCUUCAUCCGCUUCGUCCUCCUUUUCGCCGUCGCCGUCCAAGCAAACGAGACGCUCCAUGCAGUCAUCAUAUCGCCUGCCCACACCGCUGCCCCCGCUGCCCGUGAGGAAGGGCGUGAGGGGCCGGCGACCCAAAAGUGAGACCAUCGCCCUGCUUAAGGCCCUGGCUGCAUCGUCUGAUGUUCAGAGUCCAGGGGCUCACAUGAGUACCACAACAGUGCCCGAAUCUUCCCCACAGCUCAUCCCCCGCCUGUACAAGAAAAGAGGACCCAAACCAGGCAGCAAGAGGAAACCCAAACUCCUUCAGAGCUCCUUUUCAGCACCAGCAAGUUCAGACUGCAGAAUGUCAUCUUCCCAGGUGUCUAGGGACGGCCUGUCUCCACUGAGCUCUCCAUCCUCUGUGAUGUCCACAGUGUGCGUGUACGUGAAUAAGCACGGGAACUGCGGCCCUCACCUGGACCGUAAGCAGGUGCAGCGGCUGCCGGAUCACUUCGGACCCGAGGCGGUGAACCUGGUGCUGCAGCAGACGGUGCAGGCGUGUUUGGACUGCGCCUAUCAGCCCAAAGUGCUGCUGGGUUGCCUGCAGAAUCAACCAGAUGGAGGAGAGGUGGUGCGAGUACGGACAGACGGAGGGACACGGAUGGUAAGGCUGCCAUCGGCGUCCAGUGCCGUGUUUGUUUUGCGUUUCCUGGAGAAAGUCUGUCGACACCUGCAGUGUGAUAACCUGUUCAGCAGCCAGCCGUUCAGCCCCUAUAGCAGCUACGACAGGAGCAAGUCUGUGAAAGAGGAGAUGUUAGAAGCUCCGGCACUAAACAGAGGAAUAAAGCGAAUCUCUCGAGAUUCUCCGCCCUACUCUGCCCCUCUCUCCCCAAAGAUCCUCCACACAGAUACACACCCUUCCGAAGCUGAGACUCUGCCUCCAGAAGAAAAUGGUUUGUUGAAAGAGCAACGCUUCAUGGACUCUGCCUCCAACUCUAUGACACCCCGCCCACAGACGCUACGCAGCACCUCCGAAUACCAGUCCCAACCCAGCAGUCCGUACUACCAUGGCAACGGGCCUCCCUUGCGCCGCCACGCCUCCAACCCCCUGACUCGUAAUCACAGAAGGGUAGAAGCUGCCAGCUCCACUACAGGUCCAGAUGCAGCAGCAACAGAGUGCGAGACUCCCAGAAUUCCCAGCGGCAGAAGCCCUUCUUCCUGGUCCAUAGAGGAAGUGAUGCAGUUCGUGCGAGACGCAGACCCAACGGCGUUGGCGCCGCAUGCCGAGCUGUUCAGGAAGCAUGAGAUUGACGGUAAAGCCCUGAUGCUUCUGCGGAGCGACAUGGUGAUGAAGUACAUGGGCCUAAAGCUCGGCCCCGCCCUCAAACUCUGCUACCAUAUUGAGAGACUCAAACAGAGCAAGCAGUGAGGACUAAACACACACGUACACACAAACACCGAAACACAAACAGCAACAGAAUUAAACACAGGCUUCUAGGUACCGUACAGUACUGGUCGAAUUUACAGUACAUGUAUGGGAUUAAGCUCAGCAGUACUGAAUUAGGCUUCAAUGACUGGAUGAAGCACCGUGCCAGACAAGAGGGGAACUAAGACAGAGAGCCACGGACACGUGCUGCUUUUCAUCCAUCCCAAGCACCAAACAAAGCCACAGACAGAUGAGAAGGAACGAAGGACAGAAGACUCAAGUAGGGAUAAACACUGGGAUGGAUACAGCAAGAGAUCUGGGCAGCAAUAAAAACAGUCCUAUACACACUAACUGCCACUGAGAGAGAGAGAGAGAGCACUGAGCGGUGCAGAAGUGGACUCCAUAGAUCUAAACAUAUUGUUAUUUUAUUACGUACAGGUCUACUGGUCCUCGUCUGAACCACAGAACAGUGUGUGGCUCUGCUAUGACCGUAUCAUGCACAAGAAGCAAAGCUAAAAACUCAUAUAUUAUAUAUAUGUGCAUCUUCCUGUCUUUUUUUUUUUUUUCUUCCGUUCCUCUUAACAUUCUACCCUAUCUCACAUUUUUUUCCGUUUCCUUUUCUUCCAGUUCAGAUCCUUAAAAGAAGCAGUCAAUCUUUAAAAAAAAAAAAAAAAAAAAAAAAAAGAUUCCUACUUGCUUUGAUCACUGCAUAGGUCGGCGUGCGGAGAAUCACCCGUUUCUUCUCCCUACUUCCCCUCCCACUUGUGACACGGAGACCGUCCACUAGAUUCACUGCUGUGAAAACCAAACGGUGCUUCAUUUUCGUUUCAUUUGUUUGUGUUUUUUUUUGUUUUGUUUUUUUUUUUGAUACAGUCACCAUGCUGUUGUGCUUUUAUUUAUACGUUUCAGUGUCUAGCGUGGGGUAUCUGAUAAAUUGCCCCCCAUCUCUAACCUCUUCCUCAUCUUAAACCUCAAAAUCCCAGUAUUCGUCAUAUAAUACAGAAAUGUAUGUAUUUUAAAGUAGAGUUAAAAACAAAAAAAAACAAACAUAAAUCAGUUUUAGAUGAUUUGCUUGUUAAAUUAAAUUGUAUUUUAUUAAUGAUUGUAAGUCACGUUUCCACCCGGGAAGGUGGACAUAAAUACGGACGUGAUGUUUCUGAUGUGAUUUUAAUCUCCCUGCAGUUUGUGCGUGUCUGUCUGACGCAUUAGUCUGCGUUCACGACGACGUUUUGCUAUCGGCGAUGAAAAAAAAGUGAAGAAAGACAAUUGAGAAAUGCCAAAAGUUGUUAAAGACCUCCAGAUCUAUAAGGUGAUGAUUUUAGCUUCAAGAUAAAAGUCUGGCCUCAUAACAGCAUCUAAAUGAGAAAUGCCACAGGUUUGCUCACCUUCAUCACUCUCUAGAUUGUGCUCCUGAUUACAGAGUACUAAGGAGUGUGUGUAUAUAUAUAUAUAUAUAUAUAUAUAUAUAUAUAUAUAUAUAUAUAUAUAUAUAUAUAUAUUCUAACAGACUAGCCCAUUGUUAUAUGCAUUUAUUUUGUUUUUUACUGUUAUUGAGACCAAAAAAUCGAGCAUAACCUUUCAGGUAAACGUUUGUGAACAUCAUGAGUGGCAUCACUGUUAUUUCUUUCUUUUUUUCUUUCAAAAAAACAACAUUGAUCUAGAAACCAAAACCAAACAAACCAGCAGAUUAGUUCGAAGUUUUUAGGAUGAUUUUGUUAACGCAGCCUGAUAUAUUCAAAAGGUUUGUGUGUGUGUGUGUGUGGGUGGGUGGUCUGGGAAACCCGAUGCCACCACGGAUGAUUUCUGGUAAAUACUUUGACAUCUCAAAACGUACAUAUUUUUGAGAGAAACAAUAUUUUUUACUCAAGUCAAAGCAGACCACUGUUUGUUUGUUUUUAACCACUUUACACAGUGGUACAAACUCAUGUUCUAAAAAAAAAAAAAAAACUUGCUUAGCCAUGUGUCAUUCUCAUGAGGUGCCAAUAUUUAUGGUUCAGCUGUAUCAUUUACUGAUUUUAUUUAUUUUUUAUUUUUUUACCCUGUGCUACGAUGGUACAGGGAAGACACCUGAAAACAAAGUUUUUCUUGGUUUCUUAGCGAAGAUGAAAAAAAAAAUUCCCAAACAGAGCAAAGCCAGUUUACUGAAGGGAGAAAAUAAAUUGUUCUGGAUCGCUUGAUAGAAUUAUUUCUUUACUUUUAUUUUAUAAUAUAUCUUUUUUUUUAACCAAUAAAACACUCCAAUUGUUUGUUUUUUUGUUUAUGCUGCUAGCACAAGAGUCGCGUGGUCCACUAAAAUAUGCUAGUUUUUUGUUUCCUUCCUCUCUCACUCUCUGCUUCCACGCACUUGACUGUAACAUGUCCACAGUUUUCAAUGUUGGUUGUAACCAGACUUUGAAAUGUUACUUCUGCUUGCUAGAAACAUUAACAUGUGAAGGGUUUUCCCAGGCCGCCUCACCAGAACGUCAAGGUUGCUGUGUUUUGUUUUGUUUUUCCCGUUAAAAUAAUCAUGUCAUUUCUUAUGGUUAAAUCUUCUUCUCGUCUAAACAUUUGCAUGAAUAUUUUUCAUUGUGUAUGUUCUUGUUACGCAGACAGGAUCCUGUGUGUUUUAUUUGGAUACGGUCUUCCCCGUGUUCCCAACCUGUCGUCUUCAAACUCCUCUGAGUUUUAAAGGGGACAUGUUUUAUAUCGUCACGAUCGUGGAAAAGGCAAUCCACGUCACUCUUACGUCACAAAAAAAAAAAUACAGUGUGACACAGGGUUCAUCAGUGUAUUAUGGGUUUCACCAUAAAAUGCAGCAGCAGGAAUGUACGUUUUUGUAUAAAAAGAAAUAUUUUAAACUGAACAUAUUGUAUACGGAAGUAGAAAAUGUGAAGCUUUCGGGACGGGCCGAGGCGAGGCCGUCGUCAUCGUCGUCAACCUCGUACUGCCUUCGGAUACUUUAUACUGUACUGCGCUUCGAUAUCUGAUUUGUUCGUCGCUUUUCCUUUUGAGAUUUCUCAGGUUUGUUGUAGUAAUUGUUUGAAAUCUGCUUUUGUAAUGUAGCAUUUCAGUCCAUUUCACCUUCCCCCCCCCCUUUUGUAAAUUUCUUGUGCCAUAGUUAACUAAUAAUCAGUGCUAUUUUCAAAACAAAAAACAAACAAACAAAAAAACACCCAAUGUGUAGAUUUAACAGAAGCUCAAAAACACUUGUUAAGAUGUGAAUAGACAUUUUUAAUGUAACAUUUUUAAAAGUAAUGCACCCUCCACAUACACACUUUUCCACAUUUUAAAUGAUACAAAUAAGAAUAAAUAAAUAAUUUAAAAACA